UUCCUGCUGCCGUGGAGGGGUCUGUUUCCGUUCUCUCCAGCUGAGCAGCAAAAGCAGCAGCAGGAGCAGCAGCCUGAAAAUCCCCCUGCACUUCCCCAAGGCUCCAUCGCCGGGAGGGUGGAAGGAUGUUUGCAGUGUGCCAGCCAGAUGUCCCCCUGAACGCUCCAUUCCAUGAGGGCAAGCGGGACCCGACGCUGGGCACGGCCUUCCUCGCUGAACAGGACCUCAAGCAGGACAAGAAUUUCAACUUUGUGGUGGAAGGGUAUGACAGCAACGAGAAUUGGAGCCAGGCGGUGCUUGGGACCCAGAUGGAGGGGAGCUCUGGCCAGACAGAAAACACAACAAAUCCAGCCGAUAAUCUGGUGUUAUUAGUGCAGAGACAGACAGCUCAGGGCAGGCUUAGGGCCGCUCCCCGAGGGCUGAAGUCAGAUGAGCUGGGCCUCUCUGAGGAGGAUGUGUGCAACCCUCUCAAGGGAGCCGAGCUCAGCGGUGCCGAAGAGGAGAAAAUGGCUACCGAGGACACGGCCGAAGACUGUGGCAGAUUGGCUGGCUCCCCCUUAGAGGACAAUGGCUAUGCCAGCAGCUCCCUCAGCAUCGACAGUCCUGACAGCAGCACCGGCAAUGCCUGGGAGACACCCGCUGCUGCCACCAAAGACCCAAGGAACCAGCCACCGCCUCCGGGGCCCGACGCUGAUCCUGAAAACUCCUCCGACUCAGACACUGUCUUCCCGGUGCUGGCUGAGGCAUUCCAGAACCUCCAGGACAAGAUGAGAUUCAAGGAGCGGGAGAAGGAGAAACACCACAUCCACUUGGUGAUGUAUCGGCGCCUGGCCCUGCUGCGCUGGAUCCGCGGCCUCCAGCAGAAAGUGGUGGACCAGCAGAGCCGGCUGCAGGAGAGCUUCGACACCAUCCUGGACAACCGCAAAGAGCUCCUCCGGUACAUCCAGCAGGGCGUGGUGUGCCCCAAAGCACCGGCUCAUGCUGGCCUGUGAAAAACGGUCAUCUUCCAUCUGUCACAGUUCAGAUCCCUCCCAACCCCCCAAACCUUACCCAGCUCCAACCAGUUGUUUUGUCUGAGCACAGCAUCCAGGAUUGGGCCCCACAGAGCUUUGCAGUCAGCUCCCAGGUUCUGCACGGGAGGCUGGCGUGAGAUGCUCUUGCCUUAUGCACCCAGGGAUUUCAUGAAGCAUGAGGACACCAGACCUGACGAACGCCACAUGGUAUUUAUGAGCUGGCACAAUGUAGCUAGAAGCACGUUCCCGUCCGUUUCGGUACAUGGCUCUAGCUGAGAGCACAAGUAGAAAGUCCGACAUGUGCCCCAGCUAGUGGCUGAGAAGUCAGGGAACAGGAUGGGUUGGUCCCAUUUGAAAUGAGCCUGAUUAACCCUUUCUCAACCCCACCCCGCAUGCCGCAUAUCCCUGUAGCACAAAGCAUUAACCCUUCGCCAGCUGAUCAGCAGCCAGGAUUCACCAGUGUUCCCAAGACCCCAGUCUCACUAGAGAGCUCCCCUGAGACCUGGGGUCACUAGUGAAUCAGCAUAGGCCAGUCAGCAAACUAGUAUCUGAUUAGUUGGCAAGAAGGGUAUUUCUGAGUGUACUGUUCCCUCAUAACAAUCCCCCUAAGAAUGGUCUUAUCCCGUAUGUCAAUCUACUGACCUCUCUCUGCAUCCAUCCCACGUCCUCAUCUUUCUCUCUGUCCAUCACAGCUGAGCUGCCUACUCAGAGGUCCAAUGAGUGCCCAGAGGCUCUCAAAUUUCACUCUAAACCCAUAACCAUUUAGUGCUUCGAUAGUGAUCUGUCAGCAACUCCCCAACAGGCUCUGCAACGCCUCCUCUCAUCUCUUUCACCUUCUCCCCUUGUAACCAUCUCAUCGCCCACCCUUCCACCCCCGCCUUCGCUAUGUGCGACUGCUCCCCCUCUUGCCGGCCAGCACAACUUCAGCCACUCUCUGCAUUAGCUGGAUAGCCGUUCGUCAAAGUCCCCUCUGCAGACAGCCCCCCUUGCUGCUGCUGCCGCUGCUGCUUUCCCAUGCCCAGGCUUAUCCUGCCGGCCUCUUCCAAAGAGUGUUCUCUAGACCCAGCCUGUUGGGCCUGUUGGUUACUACAGCUCUCAACGGGGCACAAUUCUCUUCACAAUCCAGCUUUGCUGAGGUUCAUGAUCUGAUACUGAUCUUUGAAACCCUCCCUAUAAUUCUUUGAAUUAACAUUUUAAAUAGGAAUCCUAUUCACCAUGGCUCUGCAAUGUUAGGAAGGUUUGGAAUUGCCCCUCAAAUAUGUCCUUAGCAUGGAGUGUGACUCUACACAUGAAAAUCACUGUUAAAAUCAGAGAUGGGAGAACUCCACUGGCCAUGGUUGGAAUCCACUGGAAAUUCACGACUUCUGCACUGAGAUCUGAAUGCAAAGCUUUUAGGUUGUCAAGGUUUCAUUUGGGUUCUAGCCUUCAGAGUUUUCCCUCCCCUUGUUGUCUAGAAGCCGUGAUAAGAACUGCUGGAAAAAGAGAAUCUUUAUUCAUAGAUUUAAUGGCCAGAAGGGACCAUUGUAACCAUCCAGUUCUAGCCUGACCUGAUGAAUUGCAGGUGACAAAGGUGCUUUGCAGUCAGGUUAUGGUUUGCAUUGCACAGGCUGCAAGUUUCUCAGGGAACUUUUUACCUCACCUCUGCACCAUCUACUACAUUUCCCAUGAAAAACAACACUUAAAAGGGGGAGGGGGAGGGAGAUGUUUGAAAGAGCCCAAAUUAAACCUUGAACAUGAAGCUGAUGGAAACGCUGGAUUUUCCCUUCUCUAACUCAGAUCGUUGGGCCUGAAUCGCAGAGUUGAGAUGCAGAUCAGGCUGUUUUGUUGGUGGAACAUAUAAUUGCAGGUGGUGCAUGCCACUCCCACAUGUUCAUUGUUGCGAAGGGAAUGAGCUCCCGACCACAUUGUGUGUGUCUUGUGUUGACAGCCAAUGCCUUGUAAGAAACACUGUGCAUGUCCAGCAAGUGCUGUAAGAAUCGAUGGGUUGCAUAUGCUUGGGGAUUGUAAUCUGCAGCAAAGUGUGAGGUGCUCUGAGUGUAAAAGUCCAUCUGCUGACAAAGGCCCUUGAUUCAGCAAAGCAUUUCAGCUCAUGCUUGAGUUCUUCCCUAUUUGGCAACGCACUUAAGCCCAUGCUUACUUUAAGCAUGUGCUCACACUGUAGCUUUUAAGGCCAUCUGACCUCCUUCAGAGCACGGCCAGAUCAUUUCACCCUGGGAUUCCUGCAAUAUGCCCGGAACUUCUGUUUGAGCUAGAGCCUGUCGUUUAGAAAGAUGUCCAGUCUUGGCUUAAUUCCCACUGACGUCUAGUUACACAUGAGUUUAACUGCUUUGCUGAUUUGAGAUGGGCUGAUGAAUUGGGGUCAAAGAGAGAGACUCAUACUACUAAGAACUGACCUCAAAAUGCUUUAAAAUAGGUUCAUGUUUUGUUUGACUCUAAUAUUUUUUCACAUUCCGUAUUACAAUAUAUUGAUUUAGAUUUUUUAUUUUUGAUAUAUAUAUAUAUAUUAAAUGCACACACACACACCAUCUACCUACAAUAUAUAUUUAAAAACUUAGGGGCCAAAUCAGAAAAAUCCCCUAGUAAUAACCUUUCUCAAAGCUGUGCUGUUCAUGAUCUAUUAAUUUAUUAUUAUAAAGUAAAGAAAAUAACUUUUCUAAUCCAUUUUUUCCAAAGAAAAAUGCACAAACAGAGUAUAAGAAGUGUAAGAGAGAUUAAAAAGAGACUGUUGUGUUUAUUUGGUAUAUUUUCUUAAAAGUGAAUUUGCUCCAUAUUCUAUUAUUCUAUUUAUUGUACUGUAUGAGGGGAGGAAGUGUGGUUUAGUGGCAAGAGCAGAGACCUAGGAGUCAAGAGACCUAGAUUCUGUUCCCACCUUUGCCACUGACCUGCUGGGUGACAUUGGGCUUGUCACUUCACCUCUCUAUGCCUCAGUUUUCCCAUCUGCAAAAUGGGUGUAAUGGUUCUUAACCCAACAGAGUGCUCUGAGAUGGACAGCUAGAUUAAAAUUGCUAUAUAAGAGCUAUUUAUUAUUAUUAUUAGAUUAUAUUCCAUGCUCGCUGCAUCUUCACAAAGCUGCAGUUGAUGCCUGCAAUAACUUCCAUUUUGCACCAUGUUUCUUCAUAUCUUCCAGUAAGCGGAAGCAAGGACAUGGUCCCAUAGCCCUCAGUCACUUGUGUAGUUCCAGGAAAGUCAACAAGACUAGGCAUGUGACUAAGACUUGCUCAUGGGGAAAGCGGUUGUAGCAGUCAAAGCUGUGAUGCUGACCCUGCAAUCGUAGACUGUAAGCUUUGCCUUCUUGUUAUACAGCUAUUCAGCACCUAACACAACAGGACCCCAAUUCUUGACUGGAACUCUAGGUGCUACCACAAUAUAAAUUAACAGUAACUGAUACCCUCAGUCAGUGGGGACUGCAGGGUCAGGUCCUGUAGAGAGCAGGGAAGCCCCACUGCUGUAAUAAUGAAACACCUGUAGCCUGGGUUUUGGGAAAGAUGAGCUAAAAUGGGUGACUUUCUUUAAGAAUCAGUUUUUAAAGAGGUAGCAUUCAAAAUGCAAGAAGGCAACCAAAUCUUGUCCUGGCAUCACAGAGGAAACCCUGCCAUCUGCCUCCUGGCCAGGAGGAUUCCAGACUCUGUGAGGAGAAGUACCUUGCUGCUCAAAGGCCGUCACUGCUUUCAUGUUUGCUUCUAUUCUAGGGCCUGCUGGCUGUUGUCUGUAUCACUGACAUGACAUAUUAAUAAAGUUUGGAGAUAAAAAACAGA